AUGCUGCACGGCCCCGCCGCCAUGGGAGAGCCCUGGCAGCCGCAGUCCCAGCAGCAGCGGCUCCCGGCUCUCGGCAACGCCUCGGCCCCCAGCGCCCGGCCCUCGGCGGCGGCGGAGGAGGGGGGGGGCCCCGCGGGCACGGCGGCCCCGGGAGGCGGGGGCCCGGCGGCGGCGGUCAGCCCUUGGGACAUCGCUCUGUGCGCCACAGGGACGGCGGUGGCCGGAGAGAACGCGCUGGUGCUGGCGGUGCUGUUCUAUACGCCCAGCCUGCGGGCGCCCAGCUUCGUGCUGAUCGGCAGCCUGGCGCUGGCCGACCUGCUGGCCGGACUGGGGCUGGUGGGCAACUUCGCCGUGCGCUACCUGCUGCGGCCGCCCAGCGAGGCUGCGGAGCUGGGGGCGGCGGGGCUGCUGCUGGCCGCCUUCUCGGCUUCGGUGUGCAGCCUGCUGGCCAUCACGGUGGACCGCUACCUGUCGCUGUACAACGCGCUGACGUACCACAGCGAGCGCACGCUGGGCUUCACGUGCGGCGCGGUGCUGCUGAUGUGGCUGCUGUGCCUGGGCGUGGGGCUGCUGCCUCCGCUGGGCUGGCAUUGCCUGCGGGACCAGAGCGCCUGCAGCGUGCUGCGGCCCGUCACCAAGGACAACGCGGCCGUGCUGGCCGUCACCUUCCUGCUGCUCUUCGCCCUCAUGAUGCAGCUCUACCUGCAGAUCUGCAAGAUCGCCUUCCGGCACGCGCAGCAGAUCGCCGUGCAGCACCAGUUCAUCGCCACGGCGCAGGCCACCUCCACCCGCAAAGGGCUCUCCACGCUGUCCCUCAUCCUCGGCACCUUCGCUCUCUGCUGGAUCCCCUUCGCCAUCUACUCGCUGGUGGCCGACUCCAGCUACCCCGCCGUGUACACCUACUCCCUGGCGCUGCCCGCCGCCUGCAACUCCCUCAUCAACCCCAUCAUCUACGCCUUCCGCAACCCCGACAUCCAGAAGUCGCUUUGGUUGGCGUGCUGCGGUUGCGGCCCCGCGCUCUCCUCCCGCCCGCGGACAUCCAGCGACGUGUGAGAGCCUCCUCCUCUCUCCUCUUCCUCGUCCACCUCCCCGCGCUCCUCUCCCCUCCGCCGUCCUCGUUUUCCACCUGGAGGAUCC